AAACCAACUCCGGACUUGAAUAUAGUUUUCUUCGAAAGUGGAACACAUGGAAUUCGGAAUUUAAAACUAGAUAAUUUAGAACUGAGAUCAUUUUUUCGCAAUCACGGUUUUUCAUUUUAAGUUUAAUUUUUGGAUGCGUCAUUAAUACUUAAUAGUUCAACAAAGCAGAAUCUAAAGCAAGGGAUCCCAAUCAAGACCAAAGAACCGAGCUAAAAGUAGUUAAAAUUGCCCCAUAAAAGAUACGGUUACAUUGAACAUGUUGUGCACUGACUAGAGGGAAAUCUGAUCAAAUCGUAACAUAGGAGCUUAAAAUGGAUCUUGUAUUCUUAAAAGCCGCGUACCGUUUGAUGAUUUUCGUUAUUUUGAUCGAUUUUCCGAAAUUACAAGGCUUAGCAAGAGAUGGUACCCGACAGCAAACAAGAAGCAAGACGAGAUUCAAAAGGCCAUGGGAAAUAAAUAAAAACUUGUGUCCCCCGUCCAUCUGUAAGCUCAACUACACCGAUAUUGCGUCCCCUUUCUUCGAAGAUCCUUUUUUCGAGGGCGAUAUAGUUUUGAAUGCUAACGAAAAACGAGAAAUGAAAAAAGCUCAUAUUCCUCAAUCUCGAAAGACAAGAGCACUCAUUAGGAAAACCAGCAAACUCUGGAAGGAGGCCGUUGUACCUUAUACAAUGGACCCUGAGUUUAAGCCAUCUACGAAGAAAAAAAUUCGAUCUGCAAUGCGACAUAUUCAACGGAAAACGUGUAUAAAGUUUAGAAAGAAGACCAAAUCCAACAAAAAUUGGAUACAUUUCUUGUAUGAAUCUGGUUGCUGGUCAAGCAUUGGGAAACAAGGUGACAAGCAAUUGGUAAGCUUGGGCGACGGCUGUGAAAAGUUCGGAACAAUGGUUCAUGAGAUUGGCCAUGCACUUGGCAUGUGGCAUGAGCAGGGACGAUUGGACAGGAAUAAGUACGUAAAGGUGAUCGAGAAAAACGUCGCUAGAGGUUACAUGCGGAACUUUGGUAUAAGGCGUUCAGAUGAAGUUUAUUCUAGAGGGGUCCCGUAUGAUUAUGCCUCCAUUAUGCAUUAUGGUCGGGACUACUUUAGUAACAAUGGGAAGGAUACGCUGAAGGUAAUUGGCUACGGCGAAAAGAAGAAAAAGAAAAUAGGUCAGAGGAAGGCACUGAGUGAUUUGGACAUAGCCAAUUUAAGGGAACUGUACCAAUGCAACAAGCAAGAAGAAACAGAGUGCCAGAAAGGAUGGAUAAAGUAUAAGGAUAGUUGCUAUAAGUUCAGACCUCAUGGAAAGCAAUUUGGCCCUGCUCACUCAAGAUGCAUAGAAUAUGAUGCACAUUUGGUUCAUAUCAAUUCUUUAACUGAGCACAUUUUUCUCGCACAUCAUAUCGAAAAGAACUAUCCCAAAUUUGAAAUAUGGAGAACUGGCGGAAAGCGAGAAAAUGGGAAAUUCGUUUGGUAUGGCGGAGAUGACGAAUCAAACAAGCCUAUGACUUAUGAGCGUUGGGGAGCGGGGUAUUCGGAUAAAUAUACCACAAUGGUAUUGAAAAAAGAUACGAGCAAUGCGAGGUUUGAUUGGAUUGGAACAUGGGCUGGAUCAGUGGCACAGCUACCUCAAUUCUCAUAUCCGUUCAUUUGUGAGCGAGAACUUUUCAAAAGACCUUGUUUUAAAAGUAAAUCCAAAAGUGGCCAAGAGUAUACGGGUGAUUUGGACUAUACAUCAUCCGGAGUCACAUGCCAGAAAUGGACAUCUCAAUAUCCACAUAAACACAGGGAGGUCAGCAAGAACAGUUUGACAAAUAUUAAAAAUGGUAUUGGAAAUCACAAUUUCUGUCGUAAUCCGAAUGGCAGUAAGAAAAGGCCCUGGUGUUACACAACUAAGAAAGCGAUCGAAUGGGAGUACUGCGAUAUACGAAUAUGUUAA